CUCGAACUUGCUAAACGUUAUGGAAUUUUGUAUGCGGCAGCCCUUAACCCGAAUCUACAAUAGAUAUUUUAAGCCUUAAGCCCUACACCUGUGGCUACACCCUAAUGACAGGUGAUUGUGUUUGUGUUAUAUAUACUUGUCGCGUGACUUUACUGCUGCUAUGUUCGCCACUUUGAAGAAUAAGAUACGCGAGGAAAUUGGCAGUGACGUGCCUACUGUUGUCAAAAAUGUUGGAAGUAUACGCAGCAUUAAUUCUAAACAUAUGUCGCAGACAGACUCUACAACCAGUAUUAGUGAUUCUCAAGUAUCCUUAGAUAUGUGUGGAUCGAAAGAAGAAAAUACAGCAUCUCCUUUACCAUCUAUUUUACCAAAAAGAGAGAACAGUUUUGAAAUCAAGCUCAAUGAAGGAAUGCAAUUAUCUAUAAAAGAUGUAAAAAGAUUUGAAAGCAGGGAAGAUGAAUGGAGAAAAUGUUUAGCGAAGAAGGAAGCAGAGCUAUUGAAAAGGAUGGAAAAAAAGGAGGAAGAAUGGAAGGUUAGAUUUAUUGAAACGGAAAAAGAAUGGAAAAGAGUUAUAGAAAAACAGGAGAAGGAAAAACGAAGAUUAGAAGAAGAGGUAAAAAAAAUUAAAAUGGCAAAACAAUCGUUGGAACGUGAUCUUAAAAACGCAGAAGAAUAUACAAAAAAGUUGUAUAGCUUUCAAGAAGAUGCAGAACAAUUGAAAGGUUUUCAAACACAGGAGAUGGCAAAAGUUAAACAUCUUUUAUUAGCCAAAGAACAGGAAGUAGAUGAAAAAACGCAUCAUUUGAAAACUGCUACAGCAGAAAUAGAAAACUUGAAGACAGAAGUUUCCCGUCUUAGACGAUACGAAGAUGAAUUAAACACUGUACAAGAUGAAAUGGAGACGAUGCGUCAUUCUACGCAAAGAGAGAAAGCACAACUUUCUUGUCAGUUAGCGCAUACAGAAGAAGAGGUACGUCAUUUGAAGGACAAAGUCUUCGUGUUGGAGCAGAGAAUUGCUCUUGAAACGAACGAUCAAGUGACAGUCGAUGAAAAAAUAGCCGAUCUAAUGCGUGAAAGGACAUUGUUGGAAAGAAAGCUUGAAGAGGCACAUCUUCAUCUCUCUGAUAUAAAGACUAGUUGGUCGGGUAAGAUUUCAAGUCUUGAGACGCAAGUCGGUAGGCUUAGCAGACAGGCCGGAGAAGAAGGAUUAGAACGCAGACGGGUCGAAGAGGAAAAAGAAAGGCUUAAACAGAGAAUCAAGCAGCUAGAGGUCGAGGUAGAGGUGAAUAAUGUUGUUUUAGCGACAAAAGACGCCAAGCUUUUACGCAUGACUGAAGACAUUGAUGAAAUGGCUAUGGAAUUAAAACAGCUCCGGGCUAGCGUUGAUUAUGAAGUGGAUGAAUUUAAGCGGCAAAUUGUGAGUUACCGCGAUAUGGAGUGAUGACACGAAAAGUAUACAUGAACUAGAUUUCACCGAAAAUUUUUCCACAUUUUGAAAAGAGUUAUUUUUAGAAUUGAAAUAUAGAAGUCGAACAAACGCACGCUUACACACACACACACAUACACUGUGUGGUACAGUGGUUGUACACUGUAUCAUUCUUUCAUUCUGACCAAAAACUGUAUGUUAGUAUAUUUGGAGAAAUCCUUUAUUGUUUCUGAUAUUUAUCAUAAUAUUGGAAGAAAGAAAAAUGUAUAAGCCCAUUGGCUACGUUUCCAUACUUUCAAUAUGUGUAUGCGCUUA